UGUAAGAAACCUGACACCUUAAAACAAGAAACACAGCUGUAAUAAACAAAAUCGCACAAACAAACAGGGCUUCUGACACAUUACAUGGCAUAACGCUCCGAACAAUAAUAAAGAAAGAAAGUCAACAAGGGGAAGAUUGUCCUUUUGGCAGCAAUUCCUGUCCUGCUACCGUUCUUGAUUUUAUAUUUUGCUUUUUUUGAUCUUUUUACACUUCGAUUUUGUUUGCAUAUGCCGAACUAGUUUGUAUAGAAAUUAAGUGGGCAAGAUAGUGAAUUCUUGACCUGAAGAGUGGUGGAUCGGUUUUGGAUUUUCAAUUUUAGGAAGUUUAUAGUAGAUGUUGAAUUGGAGAGGUGGAACAUCUGAAUUAUAUGGAUAAUUUAUGCUGUUUCCAGCUUGCAGGAGGACGUUCUUCAAGUGGUUCCGGCAAGGGAAGAAGCCAUCAGGGGCCUGUAAAGUAUGGGUUCAGUUUAGUAAAAGGAAAAGCAAAUCAUCCUAUGGAGGAUUUUCAUGUUGCUAAGUUUGUACAGCUAAACGGUCGCGAACUAGGAUUAUUUGCUAUUUAUGAUGGGCAUUUGGGAGAUACUGUGCCAGCUUACUUACAGAGGCAUCUGUUUUCCAAUAUCUUAAAGGAGGAGGACUUUUGGACCAAUCCAAAUAGGUCUAUUGCUAAAGCCUAUGAGAGAACUGAUGAGGCAAUUCUAUCGCACAAUCCUGACUUGGGACGAGGUGGAUCAACUGCUGUGACGGCAAUUCUCAUAAAUUGUCGACAUCUGUGGGUAGCUAACGUUGGAGAUUCACGAGCUGUCCUUUCCAGGAACGGGCAGGCUAUACAAUUAUCCAUUGAUCAUGAGCCGAACACAGAGCGAGGAAGCAUUGAAAACAGAGGUGGAUUUGUCUCAAACAUGCCAGGAGACGUUGCACGAGUGGAUGGACAAUUGGCUGUUUCUCGUGCUUUUGGAGACAAGAACCUUAAACCUCACUUGCGGUCCGAUCCUGAUAUUACCGAUGCUGAUAUUGACGAGGAUUCUGAUUUCCUGAUCCUUGCUAGCGAUGGUUUAUGGAAGGUAAUGUCCAAUCAAGAGGCAGUUGAUCUUGUGACGACGAUCAACGACCCACAGAAGGCAGCCAAACAGCUAUCAACGGAAGCUUUGAAUCGAGAAAGUAAAGACGACAUAUCCGUCAUUGUCGUCCGAUUUAAGGGGUAAAAUGUCACUUUGAUCCUUGCAUGAGUUGCAAUUUGUUAGUGUACAGAAUCUGCAGAUCGUCUUCCUUUUUAAUAUUUUGUUACUACUGUUGUGUGGUUUAUUAUAAGCUCGAUUUCUUCCACAUGUAGAUUUUUACCAGUAUUUCUCUGUAAUUUGUAAAAGAUUUCAAUGACCCAUUGUCAUUUCUUUUAAACCAUGAUUCCUUGUAAUAUUAAAAAUAGGGAGAAUUUCAACGAUUUAAUUGAAGAAGAACUUCAAGCUGUGUCUAUGGAGGCCGUUGAACAUGCA